AUGUCACGAAGCGAAACUGCUACUCCAAGGGACCACGCUAAGGAGACAGUGAAACUUAUCGAUCAUGUGAUUAAGAAUCUGGAAGUGAGCGACAAGAAGAGGAGCGACACGGGCAGCGACUACGAUCCCAUCCUUCUCGGGAAUCACUGGGAGAAGCUUGGUGAAAUUAUUGUAGACGUAGUGCUAGCGCAAGAGGCUGUCAGGGAUCUGCCCGGCGCUGGCCAGGCUUGGGUUGUCCUCACUGCUUGUCUCGUUGAUCAGCUUCGAGCCGGUUUCGACGAAAGCAAAAGCGGUCUAUCUUCAUUGUCCGGAGCAUUCGCCCAAAAAGUCAUCUGCAAUGCUGCUGCUGAACUAGACACUCCGCCUUCCACAGACGAUAUCAUAACACAUACUUCACCUCUCAACGAUGCUACACCCCUCAAUGUAUAA